AUGGCCUCAAUUGCUUGCUCGCUGCGCGCUGUCCGGCCUGUGGCCAUGCGCUUUGCGCCGAGGGCUGCUCCGGUGGUGCGGAUGGCGCCUUUGAGGAGCUUCUCCAGCUCUCGCAUGAGCCUCGCCCGCAAGUACACCAAGGACCACGAAUGGAUCGACCUCUCGGCCGACCGCAAGACGGGCGUCAUCGGCAUCUCCGAGUACGCGGCCGAGCAGCUGGGCGACGUCGUCUACGUCGAGCUGCCCCCCGCGGGCGGCGAGUGGACGGAGCAGGGCGACUCCAUCGGCGCCGUUGAGUCGGUCAAGAGCGCGAGCGACAUCAACGCCCCCGUGCGCUGCCGCGUGACGCACGCCAACGCGCUGCUGGAGGAGAAGCCGGCGACCAUCAACCAGGUGCCCGAGGACGACAGCGCGGGCGGCGGCUGGAUCGUCAAGGUCGAGGUGGACGAGGAGGGGGCCAAGCAGUUCGACGAGCUGAUGGAUGCGGCUGCGUACAAGGAGUUUGUUGCUGAGUAG